UUUUAGGAUUGGCUGCCUCUCUUCAAGGUUGACUCUCCUCGGCGCUCCCAAACCUAUCCACCGUGGGCCCGCCCCUUUCUUGACGCACCCUCUUGCAGGGUCCUCACUCAGACCCUCCGAUCCCGCCCCCUGGGGAGGCAUCUGCUUGUCCCACAGCUUUUCGAACUCUGCCAGGGUUCGACCUCUCCCAUUUAGCUCAAAUCCUAGACCACCCUCUUUGGAGUCCAGAGACCAGGCUCUAUCCUUGUGCCCUCCUCGUCCUCACCAGGGACCAAUGAGGUUCCCCCUCCUCCCCCCUCGCCCCGGCUCCCGGUGCCCGUCUCCAGCGCCGCCGGAGCCAGCGAGGGAGCUGGAGGGAGCAGGAGGAGGAGGAGGAGGCCGCGUCGCCGCCGCUCGGAGCCCGGCCGGAGCCUCCCAGACUACCUUGGAAUGCACCCUGAGACCAGGCUUGGUUUACAACAAAGUGAACCCCAUCUUCCACCACUGGAGCUUGGGUGACUGCAAGUUUGGGUUGACGUUUCAGAGUCCUGCUGAGGCUGAUGAAUUCCAGAAGAGCCUACUGGCUGCCCUGGCCGCCCUGGGCCGAGGCUCGCUCACCCCUUCCUCUUCCUCCUCCUCCUCCCCCUCUCAGGACACUGCAGAGACCCCCUGCCCUCUGACGUCCCACGUGGACAGCGACUCCUCCUCCAGUCACAGCCGCCAGGAGACGCCUCCCACCGCUGGAGCCCCCAUUGUCACCGUGGAGUCCGCCUCUGCCUUCCUGCCGACCACGCCCCCCCAGCGCCGCAGCUCCUUGGCUCAGAGCUACCCACCGCUACUACCGUUCACGGGGAUUCCAGAACCCUCAGAGCCUGUGGUCGGGGCAGGAGGUCUGGGCUGGGGUGGCCGCGGCUAUGAGGAUUACCGGCGCUCUGGACCACCGGCGCCCCUCGCCCUGUCCACCUGUGUUGUACGCUUUGCCAAGACUGGCACGUUGAGAGGCGCGGCCCUGGGUCCCCCAAUAUCAUUAUCUGCCCCUCUUACCGAGUCUAUGCCCCCAGCACCUCCAGCUCGCCCACCCCCGGGCCCGGGCCCCACCCCUGCACCUGCCAAGGCCUCCCCAGAGGCGGAGGAGGCUGCACGCUGUGUGCACUGCCGAGCCCUGUUCCGCCGCCGCGCAGACGGGCGUGGGGGCCGUUGCGCUGAGGCCCCGGAUCCGGGUCGCCUGCUGGUGCGACGUCUCAGCUGCCUGUGGUGCGCCGAGAGCUUGCUCUACCACUGCCUGUCAGACGCAGAGGGCGACUUCUCGGACCCAUGUGCCUGCGAGCCGGGCCAUCCGCGUCCUGCUGCGCGUUGGGCUGCGCUGGCUGCACUGUCGCUGGCUGUGCCCUGCCUCUGCUGCUAUGCACCCCUGCGCGCGUGCCACUGGGUUGCAGCUCGGUGUGGCUGUGCCGGCUGUGGGGGUCGCCACGAAGAGGCGGCACGGUGAGGACUGCCUGGUGGGUCUGGUGGCGAGACCAAGGAUCCAGCAUUGAGGGUCCAGGAUCCUAGACAAGAUUUGAACCUAAAACUCAAACCUAGGCACAUGUGGAACUUGGAGCUUGAGUUUGGACUGAGAGAUCCCAGACCUGGAACUGGGCCCCAAAUCUAGGACUGAGUGACUCUAGACCCAGCAUCAUUAGGAUGUCUGUCGAGGAUUCUGAGUUCUGGGUUCUCCAUCCAUCUUCCCUACUGAGGAGACUCCUGACAUCUCCAGACUCUGCAUCUCAGAGGGCCCUGGGGAAUAUACAAAUUCCCAGAGAGGCACUGGGACAUCAAACUCUUGACUCUGUCCACAUGUCCAAUGCAGACCCCUGCCAUACCUGGCACCAUGAACUCUUAGACUACAACCCCAGAAUCAGUCAGGAGUUGCUAAUACCUAAGCUUACCCGUAACCACUUACUCCUAGAUCUUGUGACCAGAGGAUGCAGAACCACCCCCAAAUGGUCCCUGAAUGUUCACCUGAGACCUAAUGUACCCACAUCUGACAUAUUCUGUAGCCCCAGGAUCCUUGAGACACCAAACCCUCCUGGGUUUGAGACUCCGAUACCAUUUGGAAUCACCAGACACUGACCUAGAGCCCACCCACUCAUGAGUCCCCACAGACCUAACCUUCAAUCCAGGACAUCAAGAUAUUCAGAUGACUCCAGAUGCUAUAAGAUAGCAGACUUAAGAUGUAUGGAGUCCUUGGAUGUGCUCAAAUGAGAUGUUCUCCGAGCAAAGUGAUUUGGGAGGCCUAUCCCAACCUAAGCCAGGCUCCAGAUACCAGACCCCUAGAUUCUCUGAAGAUCUCUGUGUACCCCCAUUCACCACAAACCAGUGUUCUUGGUAGUUUUGUUUCUCAUGUAUGGAUUCUGAGGUGCCUGUUACCCCAGCUGUAUGACUACAGGCCACUAGCACCUCAGGCCAAGACACUGGUCUCAAGUCCUCAAAUAGCCCUCUUCCAGUCCCAGUGGAACAGGAUUUUGAGACCCAAAAUGUCCCAGAAUCAAUCUCUGGCUUCCUUCUAGCCCCACAUCCCUCAUGUCCAAUGAUCAUGGCAACACAGACCUCUGAUCCCUUGGCCCUCAGCUCCUGAGUGACCCUAGGGUGCUUUAAGAGCACUGGAUCCAAGACUCCAAGAUGCCACUGACCCCUCAGCUACAGGAUUCAAGCCCCACAACAUUGGAAUUGUUCCUGAUCUAAGAUCUUGGUUCCUCUAUGCUAGAGACAUUCAGAUCUAAGAUUUUCCAGAGCCCUAGUACCUUUAUAUUCCAGGUUUCUAUCACCUCAAACUUCUGUAGCCUAUGAAACCCCAAAAUGCCUCUACACUGAUUCCCCAGUCCCGACUCAUGAAUCUUCUAACUAUUGUCCCUUGAAUUCUGCUUUCUGUGGCCUCCUGAAGCCCCAAGUUUCCAGACUCUGGAAUUCUGGUCCCAAGGACCAUAGCUCAAGUCCCUAGCAAUCCUCAGAAUUGCCCUUCAUUGUAUGAGGAAAGCCCAGUAAUUCUGAACUCAGAUUCCUGUAUUCCCAAAUCCCCUGGAACUCCCCAUUUUCACCUAUAGGGCCCAGCACCACUACAGAUAAUACUACAGGCUGUUGGCUAAGCAGAAGCACACAGCUGUGGUGGUGCCUGGGACACAGCAAAGGCCGCCGGCCUCACUAAGCCUUCAGAAGAAGGCCUGCCUUUUUCUGAUUUGCACAUAGACACCUUCUGGACUAGCUACAACUCUGUGGGAAGCCCUGUCAUCCUCCAAACUCGACCUUGAGCCCUAACCCAGGCCCAAGUUCAUCCUUCCAUUAACCUCUUCCAUCUCAGUCAGGAAUUGCUUUUGAAAGCUCAUUCUGUGGCCCUAUAAGGCUCCCCUUUUGGGGAGAAUGACAUGUUCAGGAUACCUAAGAUCUGGUGUCCUGAAUGGUGGGCGCUAAGUUCUUGGAGUGAGACGGUCUCAAUUAUUCCACAGGCUUGGGACCUGCACCUGGCCCCUAAACAUCUGGAAAUGUGCAUACCUUUCUUCUUUACCCAGAUUUGGAUGGCCUUGGGAAGUUCAAGGGAUAGAUCCUCUUAUGGAUUCUUUUAAAUUAUUAACUAUUUAUUGCAUCCGGAACCUGUGAGACUCAGCUCUCCCAAUCAGACCCUGGGAUGGGUGAGAGAAGGGAGGGUGUCCCUCCCAUUUCCACUCUGCCCAGCUCUCAUCACUGUCAGACCCACCAGAGCUGAGGGCGGAGGGACUGGGGGCUGGGGCAGCUUGGGUCCCCAUCCCCCUCUCUGUGCCUCGGUCUCCCCCUCCCAUUGUGGGCGGGGGGGGGAGCUCUAUUCUUAACCUACCUCGUUUUAGGGAGGGGUGGGACAGGGGACCAGAGUGUGCAUGGUGCUGCGGGAUCUUUGGAUGGAGUGGUGGGGGUUGGGGAAGGUUCUCUAGACCCCACCCCCAGCACCGCCUCUGCCAGGUCUCCCAGUCCCGCUCCCUGCUGAUACCCACCUCUGAUCCAUGAUUACCCUUUAUGGCCCCCAAAUCAGGGGUACAUGGAGGGCUGCCCUGGGAGCCAGGAAGACCUCAGACCCUGGAACCCCCAGGCACAAUUUUCCAGCUGCUUGCCCCUCAGAUUGGAUGCUUGGCCCCCAGACUUGGGGGUGGCACCACAACAUUUAUCUUCCUGAUCUUGAUUCCAAGCCAGUCUGUGACCUCAAUAUUGUUAGCAUCAGUGCAGGCUGGGAAGAUGGGGGCCAAAGUCUCAGCCUUGUCAUGGGGGAGGGGGGCAUGAGAUCCAUUCCAAGAAAUGUCUGUGACAAAGUCUCA